AUGAAGUUAAUCCAACGGCAAGGAAAAGAUGAACUAGAAGAAAAUAAAAAAAGGAUUGAAGCCCUGGAAAACGAGAAUAAUAACCUAAGAGAUGAAAAGCUCGGAUUCACCAGAGUGAUGAAACGGAAAAAGACAAUGGCUACCAUUUCUUCUCCUGAAGCUACUAGCUCAUUGAAAGUAAAAAAUCAGUUUGAAGUUUUAAGCUCUGAACAGGAGGACGAGGAAGAAAUUUACGAAACGAAGGUUAAAUCAUCGACUUUCUCACAGAAAGAAAUUGCGGUUAAUAACAAUAUAACCUUAAAAGAUCCGCGCUCCCAGAAUGAAAGUACUUCCUCUCAACCCGACUCAUUAUCAAAUAUUACCCCAACUCAUCAUACUACAGCCAAAAGUAGCAGCGACAGCCCGAUCCUAAUUAUCGGCGAUUCUAUCAUCAAACAUAUUGAUCCUAAAAAGAUCUCCCGAAAGAAAACUAUUAAACGCACGUUUCCUGGCAAAACCGCAGAACAAAUAAAAUCUGAAGUGGAAUCUGUGGAGGUUGAAGUACUUCCUUCACACAUUAUUGUACAUGCUGGGACUAAUGACCUUUCUGUGCAACCGCCGCAUAAUUGCGUUAAAAACAUCGAGAAUCUAGCUUUGUGUAUAAAAAAGAAAUUUACAGAUUCAAGAAUAGCAAUAUCCAGCAUAACUGUCAGAAACGACUUGGAUUUAAGCAAACAGAUCUCCACUGCUAAUGAAGAAUUACAAAAAAUGUGCUCUAGGAACGGGUUUGAUUUUAUUAAAAACAAUAAUAUUGAUGCUACAUGCUUAAAUGGCGGCCUGUUACACUUGAACUCAAAAGGAUCCGCAUUCUUGGCAACAAAUUUUAUUAAGUUCCCAAGGGGGAACAUUCCAGCUGCAUCAGAGUAUCGCCAAAGGAAGAGAGGGGAGGAUUUUCAAGGUCGCCGGACAUAUCAGAAUCAUUCACCAGAGGACCUACUGAGACUCCUAUUACUCGCUCAGAGGACCGAGUAUUAA